CAGGCGCAUACUUCAUGCAUUGACUUGAAGACUAACUCUUGUAAUAUUUAGACCUACGCUUGCUCUAGCUGCAACCAAACUUUUCCCAAGUUCGCCGACUGCAAGAUACACGAGGCCAUGCAUUCACCAGAGAAUGCGUACUUCUGCACCUGGGGCGGGUGUAACUUUGUGACGUUGCAUAAAUCAAGCUUCCAUAUCCAUACUGAUGGGCAUACGGGCGAGCAACGCUACAUCUGUCCUAAUCAUGGGUGUGACUACAGAACUCACAUUCCUUCCAACCUCACGUACCAUCGCAAGAAAGAACAUGGAUUUGUUCCGGAGCCGCGCAAUCGUCGUGACCCGGCCCAGUCGUCGUCCCAACCUCCGCCGGCGGCAGAGCCCCUUCCCCUUGGUACAUUCUACCAAUACCCAUACCAACUCCAACGCAUGCAGCCGCAACCGCAACCGCAGGCAAUGCAAUCCUAUCCCUCCCAAUACCAACCCAUCCAAUCGCAGGCCAUGCAAUCAUAUCCCACCCAAUACCAUUACCAACCCCAAUCCACUCACUACCAGCCUCCCCAACCUAUCCACAACCAGUCGUUGAAAGUCUUAUACGGCCCAGCGGAUACCGCGGACGACUACACCAUGCAUACCGGACCCGCUCGGGCCCCCAAUGGGUGGACUGAGGGAUGCAUGUGUCCUGAGUUGAUGCAGAGACGCCCUUCGGAGAUGCCAGGAUAUGAGUAUAGGCGUGCUUAGUUUUGCAUCAUCUCAAGAAUCGAACGUAAUUUUGUGUCGCUUUUUUCUUUCUUUCUUCUUUUCUUGGUGAUAGUCGUUCUUUGGUUUUCGUUUGUUUGUGCACCAUGAGGAACUCUGGGCACCCUUCCACUCGUUUAUAUAUUUCAUUUAUCACUUUGCGAUGUUUUCCCUGGAGGAUAAUACAUUCUUUUAUAUGUAAUUCGUUCUAAGUUGCGAAUGUUCGCCUCUCUCAAGUUUGAUUCAGGCGCGAUCACUGCUCAU